ACGUGGCUUAUGACUCAAAGUCGGGGCUGAUUUACACGGGUUGUGCUGACGGGUGGGUCAAGCGAGUCAGGCUGAACGAGUCGGCUGCUGACUCGGUGGUGGAGAACUGGGUUUUCACCGGUGGGAGGCCGCUUGGACUCGCUCACGGCCAUAAGAACGAGGUCUUUGUGGCUGACACAGAAAAGGGGCUAUUGAAGAUAAGUGAGGACGGAACAGUAGAACUGUUAACAGAUGAGGCCGAGGGUGUAAAAUUCAAGCUAACAGACUGCGUAGAUGUAGCACAAGAUGGCAUGCUUUACUUCACAGAUGCUUCACACAAAUACAGCUUAAAAGACUUCAUCUCGGAUAUUUUAGGGGGCAGACCCCAUGGCAGAUUGAUGAGCUACAACCCAACAACCAAAGAGACCAAAGUUCUGGUCCACAACCUCUACUUUGCCAACGGAGUGGCAGUCUCUCCAGAUCAAAACUUCGUUGUCUUCUGUGAAACUGUCAUGAGAAGGUGUAGAAAAUACUAUCUACAAGGCAGUAAAAAAGGGAGUGUAGAAAAUUUUAUUGACCAUUUGCCAGGCUUGCCUGAUAAUAUCAGAUAUGAUGGGGAAGGCCAGUACUGGAUUGCUUUGGCCACGGAGGUUACACCAUACUGGGAUCUAGCACUUAGAUAUCCUUUUAUUCGAAAGGUUCUGGCAAUCGUGAAGCGGUAUGCAGCAGGCAGACCGCAUUUGGAGAAGAAUGCUGGUGUGUUGGCUGUGAAUUUGAAUGGGGAACCUACUGCUCACUAUUAUGAUCCUGAGUUGUUUCUCAUUUCAAGUGGGAUCAAGAUUGGAAAUUACCUCUACUGCGGUUCGAUUGUUAAUCCCUACAUUAUCCGCCUUGAUGUCCAUCAACAUCCUGCACAAACCACUACAUGAGCUAUGGUGUACUAUUUCCUGCUCCCUUGAUAUAAUUUACAACAAACAUGCAAUGCUAGUGUAGCUUCAUUAGAGAACCUUAAGCAUAUAUAAAUGCAAUGGUAUAGCUUGGUUUCUUAAAUUUUUCCUUGCUUACAAGUUACCUUCCAAUUACACCUGUUACAGCUUGUUCAAGAGAGGCUCCCCAAGGCCUUUGCUUUUUCUCUGAGAAUAAAUUUCU